CGGUCACAGCGCCCGAACUUUGCUGGAGCGUUCCUUGAACGGUAGGGAGGGGGGGCCGAAUUUCGACAACGCUCGUCACCGCGCACAAAAUGGGAAAAAAAAUCGAAAACACGGGCGUUGGCUUAGCGGUGCACCGCUGAAGCUGGCGUUGCUUUAGCGUUGGUUCAGCGGUAGCGAGCGUUGGUUUAGCGGUGACUCGAGCGUUGGUAUAGCGGCGUUCUGCGCAUGCGGGCUUUGGCUCGGCGGGAGCUGAACAGAUCGUUUUGAUACAAGUUCUGAUAGAUUUUUGAUAGAAGUUGAUAGUUGAAAUUCAUCAUGCCACAUGGACAAAAGAAGAGGAAGGCUGGAGAAGGAAAGGCAGCAGCCUCCAAGAAGAUCAUUACUGAGCAGGCAGCUGAAGCAAUGGAGUCAGAGACCAGUCAGGCCACAACAGCAGCCACUGCUAACACAGCUGCUUCUGAUGAAGAUUCUGAUGACCAGCCCGAGGAGGCCCUGACACAGGACCAGCCUGACGAUGAGGAGCUACCCCCUGGUGAUGACCAGCCUGAGGAGGGCCGUGCUGCUGCUGGUGCUGAAGACUCUGACUCUCAGCCCCCACACUUGGAGAGGGAUGAUGAACAGCGUCAGCCUCAGAAGAAGUCUCGCCGCAAGGCCCUCCUGCUUGACGAUGACGCUCAGGAGCAACUCAUCGAGUGGGUCCGGGAGCACGAACUUUUGUGGAGGAAGGGGGCCACCAAGUACAAGGAUACAAAGAAGACGGAGCUUUGGGCCAGGAAGGCAAGAGAGCUGGACAUUGAGGGGGGAGCUGAAGCUCUCAGGACAUGGUGGAAGUCAGCCCGGGACCUCUACGCGAAGCUACUCUCCAAGAAGUCUGGCCAGGCUGCAGCGAACUUGAUGGACAGAGAACUGUUCAUCCAGAGGACCUGUGCCUUCCUGCACAAGGAGGUGAAGCCCAGGAAAGGUCAGCCACUUAGAAGCAUACCCCUCACACAGGAACCUGUAGCCAGCCAGACUUCUGACUUUAGCAGCCAGCCUCCAGCAGCCCAGCCCUCGGCGUCGGCCAGCACCUCUCGCCAGCCUUCCCAUGACGUUGAGGAACAGGAAGAGUACGAGGGCUCCCUCUCACUCAUUGAAACUCAAGCGGCAGUCACGAGGUCCCAGGGCACCCCCCCACCAGCUCCCUCCUCCACCACCACCAGACCAUGCUGUGCCGCCACCAGAGCCGAGCCUGAAGACUCCCCUGCGAUGCUGGAGAUGAGGGAUUGUAUGAAGGCCACCAACGCCCUCAUGGAGAGACUGUUCCAAGCCCAGGAGAUCAGCCAUGCAAGGCAGCCCUUCAUCACGUACAUGUCCCAGUCUCUCCAACGACUACCUGAGGCCCAGUACCAGCUCGCAGUGGAGAGGAUGACGGCCAUCCUCCACGAGAUGCAACGACCCAUCCCCCACCCCCUUCCUCCAGCUCCACCACGUCCAGCCUCAGCACUUUCACCCACACCCACCUUCUACCAGCAGCAGCAGCACUACUCCCAGCCUUAGCAUCACGGCUUCCAGCAGCAGCCUCUCGACUUCCAGCAACAGUCUCAGCCUCAGCAUCAGCCUCAGCACUUCCAGCAAUUGCAGACACCCAGAGUCAGCCAGCCAUCCUCCACCCCCAGGAGCUCCAACGAAGGACUCGUUGUCAGACAUGCCGAACUUUUCCUCCAUUAACCACACCAACAUGAGCGCCGUCAGCGAGGGGGGGAUUCUCCAGGACCUCCAGAGGCAGGAGAUGAACGCUCCACCCAUACCCAUCACCACCUCAAGGGACUGCUGAUGUACUUGCAGAGAUGAGGGCCACCACCGAGGAGAAUUGAGACUGCUUGUGAUGUGUUGAAGGGACUGCUCAGAUAUUUCAUGUGAUUUUUGUUUGAGGUAUGAGCUGGCCAGCUGUUUUAAUGUUUGCUGUUUAUUGUUUGCAUGUAGACUUGUGUGGGGGGUCUCAAAAGCUUUUAGCUUUAAUA